AACCGUCAACACAGGCCGGAGCUCAAAACACAGCUGGGCACCACCGCUCUCCUCUGAGCCUGGAGAGCUGGUCCCCAGGGGCCCCUGUGAGCUCGGGGUCCAGAGGGGCCGUGACUCCUCACUCCUCCUGGUGUCAGGAGGAGGGGUGCCCUGGAAGAGGUCCCAGCUCGGGCAGAGGUGCAUCAUCUCUCUCUGUCUCUUCCUCUCUCUCUGUCUCUCUCUCUUACACACACACACUCACUUGCACCCAUGGGGAGCCACCCCAUCUCUGGCCCCCAGAAAACCACAUCAGUUGGGUGCCGACUGCCCUCCCCCAGGCCUCCAGCCCUAGUCUCCCCCACCACCCGGCGUGGCCCGGUAGCGGGCAGGAGAGCCGCGGGUGGCCUGGCCCCCCGGGCUGAGCGGGAGGCCCUGGCAGCGGACGGGGUGCAGCGGGACCAGCUGUGGAGGGAGCUGCUGGAGGCCGAGCAGCGGAGCCAGCAGCGCUGGGCCCAGAACUGGAGUUUCCUGAGCGACUACGACCCCUUGGGCAACAAGAAGGAGCCCGUGAAGCUGCCGGAGCACGCGCCUCUCUUUUCCGACACCGUCCCCCAUUCCACCAACCGGACCGUGGGCAGCAGGCUGGACACGCCUCUGGGGAGGACCCUCAUCGGCCUGGACUUCCUCUUCGUGGAGGGCGUCCGGAAGAAGAAGCUGGAAGACGAGCUGCAGCCCGUCUAGGAGGAGGAAGAGGAGGAGGAGGAGGCGGGGGAGGCUCGCAGGGCUGCCCCAGGUGGGUGAGGGGGGCGUGGGGGAGCCUGUGGCUGACCUGGCCCCGUGGCCCCAUCACCGUCCCGGAGAGUCCUUCCAGGUGGCGACCCUCAUCCCAGGCUGGAGAGGCGUCCCAGUGGGUGUGGGUGUGCACUGAGGACACACACACACAGACACACACACACCAGUCCUGACACUCCUCACCCUCCCGAGGACACAGUGGGGCCAUCGGUCCCAUGCGACUGGGUGUCCAGCAGGGGGGUUGGAGCUGGAACCGGAGCACCUUCCUGCAGGGCCCACGCCUGGCUCCACCUAGAGGGCCCCCCGCCCCCCGCCCCCCCAGCUUCAGGAGCAAAGCUGGUGCCCACAGAUCCCAACAGGAUCGGUAGCGAGUUUCUACCUGGGACAGAGAACCGCCUACCGAACACCCACUGUGUACCUCUCAGCAGCCUUCGGGGGUGGGGUACGGUCAUCCCCAUGUCAGAAGGUGGACACCGAGGCCUGGGGAGGCGAGGGCUGGCCCAAGGUGUGCAGCCUGUCAGGGUCAAUGCCUCAAGGGCGGCUGGGGCUGUGUGACACCUGAGUCCCAGGCCCCACAUCCGCCACGCCCCAGGCUUCCGGCAGAGCAGCCGGCGCAGGGAGAGGCUCAGAGCCAGGCAGCAACCCGCUGCCUGUGGCCCUGCCCCUGCCUGCAAUCCCGCCAGGCAGCUCCUGUCCGUGGCCGGCCAGCGGUGAGUGCUCGUUCCACACCAGAGGAGGAGCAGGGCUCCACCGCCCGAGGUCUCCACAUGAACAGGCAGGGCAGCUGGUCACAGGGCCCGGGUCGUGGCCCCCCCUAGGACAAGCAGAGCCCAAGACAGGCAGGGUGGAGCGGGAGCCACCCCAUGUGGCAGACCCGGGACUCCCAACCAGGGCCACGUCAGAUGGGGACCCGCCUCCUUCCCACUUCCACUCACGCGGAGACGACUCACUGAAAGUGGACGCCCGCCGGGUGGCAGACUCCAGAGGCUUCUGCAGUUGCUGCUGCCGCCGCUGCCCCCUAGCCUUUCCCACCCGCGACGGCUUCUCCCCGGUUUACACCUCCUGCACGCGGUAACUGUCCAUGCGACCAUCACCACCCAGCGGUGUCUGCGGAGCAGCUGACUCUGCGGAAACCCUGGGGGACGCUCCGUCGACCGUCCAGACUCCCCUUGCCAGUGACACCUGAAGGGAGAGCAGAGGGCUCGCCCCCUGUGCUCCCGAGCUCCGCCCCGCGCCCCUUCCGGAGGCUAAUUUCAAAAGUCCUCUAAGUAUGCGUGAGGUCACAUGGUUUGUAUUUAUCCAAACGGCCAGAGUGUGGCUG